UCUAAAAAUAAAUAAAAUGGAAGUACAAACAAUUGAAAAAAAACCUGUCGCCGUCGCUGGCAAACAAACGGUAUCGGCAACUGAAGAAACAUCAGUGGUGUCUGAACGCAACAAAGAGGUCACCAAAGACACGGCAAACUCACAUCUGGAACAGAAAGCCAAAAGCAAACAGUCGGAGGAAACGUCGGCUACAGUGUCGGAGACUGUGGAAAAGACACCGGGAGGAGGUACUAAGAAGCGUACAGUCAUGUCGUCCAGUCAACAGUUUUCAUCAGAAGAAUCGUUCGAAGAGAGCUGGAGUUCGACAGGCCCACCAAAAGUUACCACCACAGUGACCAAACAAAUCACAAACAAAUAAAUUAUCACCGAACAAACUGCGUUUUAAUAUCAAUAUUUAUUAAUAAUCAUAAAAAUAUGUAUACGUUUUAAUAAAAUAUAUAAUUAUAAUAUGUUAA